UCCUCCCAACAACAACACAACUCCCCAACUCCUGUCAGAUCACUUCUGCUUCCACUACGCUGCACUGAUUUGAAUCUAUUAAAAUAUGCCAUAGCUCGGUGUCGCCCGUCGUGACACUCGCUCACAACUAUCCGGACUCAUUCAGAGUCAUCCCACCUCAAACCCCCGCGUCUUUCUGUCGAGUUCACGCCGUCAUCUGGUGUUCAAGAAGAAGCAAGCAGUUGGAUCCUGACGAACGAAUGAGACGAGGAGACGGGACCGAGUAUUUGCUUUGUUCCCGUUAACUGAGUGCUCCGAAAAAAUGUUAAUAAAGCUGCCGUCAGUGCGCUGGGGAAUGGAGAGCCUGAAGUGAUGGAGAACCGAGAAGAAAGCCCCGCGGACGAGGAGGCCUCCGCGCCUCCUGAUCGUGGACUGCUCCACAUCUGGAAUUCAGCGGGCCUCAGCCAGCAGCUCUGUCCAGAGAGAGUGCUGCUGUCUAGGCCUGUUCUGCAGGUCUCUCUGGGAGAACACCAUGGCCUCCUGCUAGCACAGGGCGGCCAAGUUUAUUCGUUCGGAGAGCUGUUAUGGAGGGAUCUGAGCGUCCCGGCGUCUGCUCCGGCGCUGGAGGUCUCUCUGCUGGGGAAGACCGUGGUUCGAGUGGUGGCCGGCGGCUUCCACUGCGGGGCACUGAGCGACCAGGGCAACGUCUACAUGUGGGGGGAGAAUACCGCAGGGCAGUGCGGGGUACCUGAGAGAGGCACAGUCACGAACAUCACAGUUCCAGAGCCCUGCUCAGUCAGCGUGGUGGACAGUGAGGUCAUCCCUCCAGCCAUCGUCCGGGUCGUGGACAUUGCCUGCGGUCGGGAGCACAGCCUGGCUCUGUCAGCCCAGAGUGAGCUGUGGGCGUGGGGAAGUGGCUGCCAGCUCGGCCUGGUCACCAGCACCUUCCCUGUGUGGAGACCACAGAAGGUGGAGCACCUGGCAGGCAGGCACGUGAUCCAGGUAGCUUGUGGUGCGUACCACAGCCUGGCUGUUGUUCGCAGUUUACCUCCCCAGGACUACAAUACCCAGAAUCCCCCGAAAAAGAGGGAGCGGGGCCAGUCGCCUCACUGCACGGUGACGGAGAGGGAGGAGGCUUUUGAUGAGGCUCACUACUGUCCACUUGGGGUGGAGCUGACUGAGGCCAUGAAAGACGAGACUUCUCCCAGAAGACGAGGCCCCAGACAAAGGCUCCAACCUGGGGGAAUGUCAGCUGGCAGCAGCCCUGGCUCUGGAGCCAGUUCGUGCCCAUUUUCUGAUGACGGAAAAUCAAACACUAAACAGAGGAGCGUUCCAGUUACCACCAGUCUUGGAGCCGAGGGGCACGAUAACUCUUUAACCCUAAGUGAUGGCAGCCCUAAAGCACACCCAUCGUCAGACCAGAGAGCCAACAAGAACGCAGCCUCCCCUGAUGAACUGGAGCUUCAGAAACUCCUGGAGAAACUUUCGGGUCACUCACUGGAGCCGCGUCACACCACAGGAACAGGAGAUGACGACUCGCUGAGCAGCCACACCUCAGAUGACAGCUGCCUUUCCUCAACUCCUUCCACGGAUCUGUUGACUUCCAGUUACAAAGACGACUCAAUCGUCAAGAAACAAAGCCACGACGACGGUGGACUUUCUGGGCCGUACUCAUCUUCCCCGGUGUGUUUGGAAGAAGUUCGUCUCUGUCUGGAAAGGGAAAAUCAGGCGCUGCGGGGGCAGAAGAGCUCCAGUCUCACAAAUAUACACCAGAAGGGGAUAACAGCAACGAGCAGGAGACGCUCACUUCCUGGAACUCCCACCCAUGGAUCUCCGCGGCGGCGCCACCCUUGCGCCUGCAGGCCGUCCUCCGCUGGUCGAGGUCAGGCUGCAGCGCAGGAGGAGGCAGGGGACGGGCUGCCGUCUCUGGAGACAGAGGUGUGGAGCUGGGGCCGCGGGUCUGAGGGACAACUUGGACAUGGAGACCAGCUCGCCAGGCUCCAGCCUCUGUGUAUCAAGUCUUUGACGGGGGAGGAAGUGAUCAGAGUUGCCGCAGGGUCUCACCACUCGCUGGCUCUCACUGCUCAGUGCCAGGUGUACUCAUGGGGCAGCAACAUGUGUGGACAGCUUGGUCAUGUCAACAAUCCUGUCACUUUGCCUCAACAAGUGAAGCUGUCCGACGGCCUCCGGGUGUGGGACUUGUCGGCCGGCCAGAGCCACUCCCUCCUCCUCGCUGAUGGAGACUGUGUCCAGCCGGUGCUGCUGUACUGCAGCCAGCAGCAAGAGCCGCUAUCGGUGCGGAGCGAGAAGUCAAACCACAGGCAAAGCUCGCGCCAGAGGUCACCGAGCAAGACGGAGAGUUACACAGUCAGACCCACCAUGCUGCCUUUCUGCAUCGAGAUGGGUUACAUUAGCAGUGUGUGCAGCGGCGGUCAGAGCUGCGCGGUGCUUUCAGACCACAACGUCAUGGGUUUUAUCUCGGCUGUACACGAGCUGGCCUCCAGAGAGAGACAGUUCUACUGCUGGUUGAGCAGCGUCAGGAAGGUCCUCCUCACUCCAGUGUGUAACAGAGAGCGUGUGUGCCCGGCGUUAGGUGAGGCGUGCACUCACCUCUUCUUCUCUGUCUGUGAGAGUUUCGUUCACCUGAGCACCCUGAUCGGUCGACACGCCACGUCUCUUAGCUACUUCCUCCAUGAUAUGCAGGGCUUUGAUAUCACGUCCCUUCCCCUGCUGAUGCACACUGAGUAUUUCCUGGAAACGUACAAAAAGUAUUGUUCUGCGGUUGGCGACUUUCAAGUAAUGGGCGGAUUCCAGCCUCUUCACAAACUGUCACUCGACUGUUUAGGCUGUCAGCAGACCGCGCUCACUCAGCUGUGUGUGUCAGACCAGUCUGUCAAUGGAGAUGUGGAUCUGGUUUCAAUGCUGUACUGGCCUCUGCAGCAGCUCCACCAAUACAGCCGAGUCCUGCUCAAACUGGCGGCGUGCUAUGAUGUGUUAACCGUCGAGUAUCAGUCCCUGGAUCAGGGCAGCAGACAUUAUGAGUCUCUGUCUUUGUCGCUGCUGAGGAGAAAGAAGGAGGCUGAAACCACCUUCCUCUUCUGGAAGACGCACUCUGGAAAAAACACCGAGGUUCUGCGCCUCCCGCGGCGUCGAGUGGUGUGUGAAAGCAGCAACAGAUCCCUGACUCCGCAGAACGCCGGGCGGUUCUCCAAUCACUGGUUCAUACUGUUCAACGACGUGCUGGUUCACACACAGGGUUCCAUUCCCUCUCAAAACUUUUUCUCCACGCAUCACGUUUAUCCUCUGAGUUGUCUGUGGGUGAAACCAGUUACUGAGGACAGCAGCGGACUCUAUGCCAUCCAAAUAACAUGUCCAGAGGAGAGUUUCACUUUGGUGGCUUCAACGCCUCAAGAAAAGAACAAGUGGCUACGAUCUCUAAACCAGGCGGUGGAUCAGGUGAUGGGCGGUGGGGGUCAGGGGUCAUCGCCCGGGAUGACGGCAAUGUCUCGCACGGCCUCCUACGCAUUCACUGCCGAUGAGCGAUUCAAAGACGCUCGGUACACCGGGAGCUGGCUGGCGGGACGGGUUCAUGGACGAGGAACCAUGAAAUGGCCGGAUGGACGGACGUACAGUGGGAACUUUAAGAAUGGACUGGAGGACGGCUAUGGGGAGUGUAUAAUGCCAAACAAAGUGCUGAACAAAGCAGACAUCUAUCAGGGACAAUGGCGAGAGGGCAAGAUCCAUGGUUUUGGCAAGUACAAAUACGCCACCGGCGAGGUGUACGAGGGCUGUUUCUGUGACGGACAGCGGCACGGCUAUGGCAUGCUGAGCUCUGGUAAACUGGCCAGGACUUCCUCCAGCGUUUUCAUUGGCCACUGGGUUCACGACAAGAAGACGGGAUACGGAGUCCACGACGACAUCACCAGAGGUGAGAAGUACAUGGGUCUGUGGCUGGAUGACCAGCGGCAUGGCAACGCUGUGGUCGUCACCCAGCACGGCGUGUACUUCGAAGGGACUUUCAGAGAGAACAAGAUGAGUGGUCCUGGUCUGUUGGUGUCAGAGGAUGACACCACUUUUCAUGGGGAGUUCUCUGAAGACUGGACCAUCAGUGGGAAGGGUGUUUUGACCCUGUCUAACGGUGACUCUCUGGACGGCCAGUUCAGUGGAGAGUGGCGCACGGGGCUGAAGGUGGUCGGAGUGUACAACAAACCAGGCUUCGAGGAGCCUGAAAACAAAGAGAGAAGCAACCUCCACAGGUUGGGUCUGUACGCGGUGCCUGCAGAUCAGAGGUGGAUCUGCGUGUUUGAUGAGUGCUGGAGUCGCCUGGGCUGUGAAGCCGCUGAGAGAGGAGAGAGGACUACAGCCUGGGAGAACAUCGCUGUCACUAUAACAACUGCACGACGACAGAGCCCAAACCUCAGUAGGUCCCAGAGCAAAGUGCUGGAGUGUUUGGAGUGUAUCCCUCAGUAUGGAGAACCAGUCACCACUGCGAACUAUGACAACGUACGGAGAUACCUCACUAAGGCUUGCGAGACCCCCCACCACCCUCUGGGCUGGCUGCUGGAGACGCUGGUGACGGCCUACAGGAUGACCUACGUUGGCGUGGGAUCGAACCGCAGGCUGCUCAGACCGGCCGUCCAAGAGGUCCAGGCCUACCUCAUACAUUUCUACAGGAUCAUCAGAUUUCUGUUUCCGGGGUUACCGGAUGAUGGGUGCAUCCUCCCGGAGCCUCUUCCCCCUCCAUCCCAAAGGAGACGUAACUCAAGCAGAUCGGACCAAGGCGUUGUGGUGGUGAGCUGCUCCUCUCUGCUCCUCCCGCUGCUCCUCCCUCGGCUCUAUCCCCCUCUCUUCACUCUGUACAGUCUGGAGGAGGAGCGCGAGGAAGCGCAGUACUGGGAGCGCAUCCUUCAGCUCAACAAACAGCCGGACCAGUCCCUGCUCAGCUCUCUGGGGGUGCAGGAGAAGUUCUGGCCGUUGUGGAGGUCGAUUCUUGGGGAGAAGAAGCAGAUUGUACCCAGCAGUAAAGACGCCUGCUUUGCUUCUGCUGUAGAGACCCUCCAACAAAUCAGCACCACAUUUACUCCAUCAGACAAACUGCUGGUCAUCCAGAAGACGUUUGAGGAGUUGAACCUGGAGAUAAAACCUUUGCUGGUUGGAGAUUACCUGUGGUGCAUGGAUGAUCUGCUGCCGCUCUUCAUUUAUGUGGUGGUCAGAGCGAGGAUCAGGAACCUCGGAGCUGAGGUCAACCUGAUAGAUGAUCUGAUGGACCCCAACAUUCAGCACGGAGAGCUGGGACUGAUGUUCACGACACUAAAAGCCUGUUACAUCCAGAUCCGGGAAGAGACAAUUAUGUAGACAGGAAGUGACUGUCCAGUCCCAGGAAGUGGAAACGGCGACGAACAGAACACACCCAACAGUGGAACAUUCAGUUCAUCACAGGAAGAGGAAGUCUGACACCUGGCACGCUGUUAAAAUUAACGGUAUGCUACGUCACGGCAUAGGUCCGUUUUCACAGGGCAGCAACACACUGCCCUCUUCUGGACAUGUUAGAAAACUGCACGUCUUCAUGACGUUUGUUUAGGAUUUUCUUUUUUUAGGUUUUCCAAUUUCAAGACAUUUCAAGAAGUGACAAAGAUGAAACAACUGCACUUUUUUUUAGCAUUUUAUAGUAUAAACAUGAAGGGUAAGUCACUAGAAUUCAGUUUAUACUGCACUGUAAUUACUUUCUUGGUUAAUCUGAGGAAACACUUGAGGAAAAGGGAGUUAACUACGUCACUGACAAAGUCUGGGACAUGAUUUAAUUUUAAGAGGUUAACUGAACUAAUCAUUUAAAUAUUUCUCCAGUUAGAUCAUCAGAUGUUUAAAUUCACUGAAUACUAAUACACUGAAACUGGCAGAAAAAUGUAUUGUAAACUUUGUAAAAUAGAAGAUGGAAGAUUCACACUUGGGCUUGGUUUCAACACAUCGUUUUUUUAGGUUUUUACAGAGUGAUGUGAGUGCGGGAAAGCCCUCAGUACUUUUCACUGAUCUCAGAGCAUCUGCAGGAGACACAGGUGGAGUUUAGAGCAGCUGGGUCAAACUGAGCUGACCAGAGAUCAGGUUUUACUCGUUUAACGAUAUCAAACGAGCUGCGAAAAUCACAGUUAGCCGACUCGAUGAGUUUUAUUGUUUGAAGGAGAAUGCCUGUGGUUUACCUCCUCGGAAAACAAACUGAACCAAAAUCACCAGAACAGAAAGCUAUACGUAAAGAGUAAAGACACAUUUGACACAGAAAGCAGUUCUGCUUUCACAAACAUUCAGUUUCUACAUUCCUGUCCUAUAACACAGCAGUGAAUGUGAUCUGGCUGAACUCAGGUCUGGACCUCCUGAUGCACCUAACCAGUAUAAAUUUGACCAUCAGGGCAGUGACAUGUCGUCACGGAGGGAAAUGAUUUUGCUCUUGAUUAAAUAGAAUUAAUGAGGGAACACGGACUAGCUCAGCAGGAAGGUUAAUUCCUCUCUUUGUUAUUCUUUGCAGUGUGUGUGUGUGAGUGUGUGUGUGUGUGUGAGAGUGUGUGUGAGAGAGAAUGAGUAGAUUAAGAACAAAUCCAACAAGAAACACUUUUGAUUUUAGUUACCAUCAUCAAAAAUGUCCUUGUUGAGCUUCUGCACUGACUUAAAUGAAAAGAACGUCUCCACGUCUGCUACGAUUGUCUAUCACUGCGUGUACUUUAUGCAUUUAAAGCACCUGUAAACGUGUAUUUUUACAUCUGGAUAUUUUAGGGACAUGAGAAUAUUAUUUUUAAACCUUCAGUAUCUUUCUAAAUUGCCACUGUCGUCGAACAAGAAGAUUUUUCUGUUCUGACCAAACUUCCAUUUCUAGCUCUGAUCACUGUCGCAGCCAUACGAGUCUUCUUUGAGCAUUAUCUCCUUUCUUUCCUUAGGAGAUCGAUGAGAUUCAUCACUUUUAGAGGGUUUAUAUGACUUAAUUUAUUUGUGAUUAGAAAGUAAUUUAAAGUAUUUAUUGAAGAAUAUAUUGGUAUAAAUCAUUUCUAUAAUAUAAAAAAAAUCUAAAUCAAGAAUUCCUCUGAAAUCCCACCAGCAGCGCCUCUUCUAUAAUCUGUUGUAACUAAGGACACGUCCACUAUUCAGUUCACUGAGAGCUGUGAUGUGCUGAGACGUAGACCCAGUGUCAUAGGUUAGAUUAGCAGCUGUGUGUGCUGCUGUCAUGUUAGUGACUUAAUGAACUGAGCCUGAACAGACUGGAAAAGACUCGACAUACUCUCGUUCAAGUCUCUUGAAAUUCCGGACAUUUCAACAUAAAAGAAAUUCUACUGUCUGUUCGGUUUGUGCUGAAUGUUUACCUUCAGAAACCUGUUUAAAUCCAGGAAGUGACUUCCAUGUGUUUCUUUAUUUUGGCUGCGCCGCAGGCGUGUGAGGGAGACUGACUUCUUUGACCUCCACUAAUAUCAUUGUUACUGUAAGUUUAAAAGACCACAGAUGUUUUCCAUGUCUCAGCUCGUCGACGUUAGCUCGUCAUCCUCAGAGCUGAAGCUCACAUUCGGUCUUCUGUUGUCUUGUAUGUGGAUUUUCUAACUUUUCGGCAGCCGUUGGUUUGAGAUCCACUCAAAAUGUUAGAAAGUGUGUGUGCACAGGUUUCAAAUGUGCAAGAACUUGUGCAUUAAUACAUUUUAACAACAGUUCUUUCCAGCGUCAUAUGCUGCGCCAUAAUGUAGCUGUGGGUGUUUUGCUCCUUCUAAAAAGAACAGAAACCAGCGGCUGCCUGGGAGAAAGAAAACCGCCAGGAGGAAAGAGUCAAUGUUGAUGUUGUCAAUGAGCUGACACAUGUAAAAUAUUUAAGGUGAUUAUUUUUCUAACCAGGUUUAUAUUUUUGUAACUUCAUGGAAAGAGGUGGUCAGAUGAACAGAUGAAGAUGAAGUGGAUGUGUGUUUAUUAAGAAAGGGCAAUAAACAGAUUAUGCAAAUGUC